ACCGUCAGGGUUCUCCGUGGAUCCGCGGCCCGCGUGACUGGAGCCGCCCACACGACCCGGGUCAUUUUCCCUAGGCGGACCGACCUGAGGCCCCCGCUGACCCGGAUCAUCUUCUCCUCGCCGACCCGUGGCCACUGGAACCGCCCACACUGACCCGGGACUUCACGCCGACCUGGGGUCGGCCCGUUGACCGGAGUCAUUACCCUCACGCUGACCAAGGCCGCGGCCCCGCCGUCAUUCCCGCGCAGGACGUCUUCCAUCUGACCUGUCUUCCAUGGGCUCAGGGGACAUCCCUGUGCUCCCAGAAGCUGCGCAUCCUCCCUUCUCAUCCCAGCCCGCUGCCAGCUUUGCUUCCUAGAGCCCCUCGUGGGGGUUGUGGCUCCACCUUGGUCCUGUCCUGCCCCUGUGGCAUUUGUUUUCUUAAGCCGGCCUUCUCUUCGCCCUCCCAGUGCCUGUGGGUGCCCUCCCAGCAGGCCGUCACCAGAUGAUGAGCUGUGCCGUCUGGCCUGGAUUGGGCCACUGUUCCUGCCCUGUGCUGCACUGUCUUUACCCGGGAUAAACUGCUUCCCUUCUUCUCAGGGGCAGUCACACCUGUCCCAGGCCUACAGGAGAAAGUGGCAUUCCAUACUGUAGCUUAUGAGAUGAGAUUGUGGAAAUUCACAGUGACAGCUUCCAUCUCUGGGCGUCAGGCUCUUUAACCGCGUGCGCGGCAUGCAGUCUUGUGCCGCCUGCGCGGUGGUGCCCAAGUUGGGGUGGCCCGUGUAGCAGGAGCGACUGAGGCUGGGUGGGGCCUCGCAUUGGCAUCGGCACACACCUGGGUGGUCUCCCCACAGAGCAGCAGGAUGUCCUUUGCAGGGCAGCAUGCACGGUGACAUUCACACAGGCCUCUUCACCCUUCCUGCCCUGCAGCCCAGCGCCCUCGGGUGCAGGGAGCACCUGGGCGGAGGCCUCCUCCUGUGGACCAGAGAUGGCGUCCGUGGACUUCAAGACCUACGUGGACCAGGCCUGCCGCGCGGCGGAGGAGUUCGUGAACGUGUACUACAGCACUAUGGACAAGCGGCGGCGCCUGCUGUCCCGCCUGUACUUGGGCACGGCCACCCUGGUGUGGAACGGGAACGCCGUCUCUGGACAGGAGUCCUUGAGUGAGUUUUUUGAGAUGCUGCCUUCCAGCGAGUUCCAGAUCAACGUGGUGGACUGCCAGCCCGUUCACGACGAAGCCACCCCGAGCCAGACCACCGUCCUUGUGGUGAUCUGUGGGACGGUGAAAUUCGAGGGCAACAAACAGCGGGACUUCAACCAGAACUUCAUUCUGACCGCCCAGGCCUCGCCAGGCAACACGGUGUGGAAGAUCGCCAGUGACUGCUUCCGCUUCCAGGACUGGGCGUGCUAGUGGGGACAGGGCGACACCCCCAGCCUGCACUCUGCCCUCGCCCGAGUCCAGGGGCCCCUUUCUGGGCACGUGCGUGUUUGUCAUAGAUGCCUUUUCAAAAUAGUAAGAUUCUCUAUUUUUCUACUUGCCCAGUAGAGACCCUGGUUCUGGAAAUUCUGAUGAAUAAAACAGUGAGUGUUGCUUCUU